CCAAAUGGAGGCAUGGUCUCCAAGACCACCGGGUUUACUCCACGCCUUCCAAAAAACAAUGCUGUGUCAAAAGCUCCCGUGAUGGUGCCAAAGUAGCAGCUAAUCUUCUCUUCUUGGUCGCUUUUACUCUCUCGCUUUUGAUCUAGACCAACCCUACCAGAACAUUUCCUGUUUUGAUCCUGCACACUGCAAUUCGAUUGCUGUCCGCAUGAUUCAUAACUCCGAAUGGCGGCUGCCUCCUAUUUCUUGUCUAACGCCCGACUGGCCAGCACUGUAGGCCAUCUUGACGUAACCUAUUCCUGUCCAACAUAGUUUCCGUUGACUUUAAAAGCUGGGGGAUAAACUGAGUUAUCGACCGUUUAGACAUCCGCAUGUCCCGCAAGGCAAAAACAGUAGAGGAGUCGAACAAUAUGGUUGUAUCGUAUUCAAACGAGUUCAGGACAGGCGGGCAAACACAAACUCUCCCGCCAUUCAGAGAUCUUCUUCCACAAUAUCUUCAUGAAGAGAUAGACUCAACGCCAUAUCUAUCUCCAACAACACCCCAUCAACAAGGGUCCUCGUCACAUGUUUCAUCUCCUGUUCAUCCCCGAUCGAUUCUAGGAGCCAAUCUUUCACGCUCGCAUCCAGUAACUAAAUUCGACAGUUAUGAGGAAUAUCCUAGCCGGACCGAGAGGUUCCCCAAAUAUCAACCCCAAGGAGGCGUUGCACCUCUCAAACGACAUGCCUCUGAUACCAACAGCCCGUCAACCACGAUUCCAAGUUCUCGCGUUAAUUCUGCGGCAGCACUGCCACCCAUAAACGACAUUCAUUCUUUUCCUGCAAACAGAGGUCUUUACACUAGAGGAGCUCAACCCAACAACUUUUCAGAAUACCAGUACUCCCCUACUCGAGAGAGCCCAUCAUUUAGCUCAAGGCCUCCAGAUUCACAUUUUACGGGAUGCCAACCAUUACAUGUCAUCCCGGCAAACUCCCUUUUACCCUCUGAACCCAUGAAACUCAAUCACCAAUAUGAAAGCCCACGAUAUGGAUCUUACCCUCAAUCGUUUAGGCCCGAGCUUGAUUACUCCCCAAUUUCCCCUGGUGGUUUUCAUGAUCGAAGUUUCGUGACUCAAACAGAACCGAUGGACUCGAAGAAUAAAAAGCGAAGAGGAAAUCUACCGAAGUCGGUAACCGACGUACUUCGAGCUUGGUUCCAUGAACAUCUUGAUCACCCUUACCCUAGUGAAGAGGACAAGCAAAUGUUCAUUAGUAGAACCGGUUUAACCAUUAGCCAGAUAAGUAACUGGUUUAUUAACGCCAGACGUCGCCAAUUGCCCGCACUCCGAAAUCAAGCUCGAGCGUCCGAAUCAGGUCGAAGCGGACUUCGGCAAUCUCCGCUGAGCGACAAUGAGCCGACUUCUUCACCCUCCAGUGUGUGACCGUAUAAUUAAUGAUAUUUACGCCACGAAACAAAAAGUAUACGUUUUUUAAUUUAUGGAUGGCUUUGGUGCCUCCUACAUUUUCGGCCUUUCUCCUUCAGCGUUGACCAAAACGUGUCUCAUAUAUUUCUUACGAGCCAGGAUUGACUUAGCUUCGUUUUCUUUUUCCAAGUUAAUUCUUGUUACUUCUCUCGGCGGUGCUGCACGCUUCUGUCAUUGAUAAAAAUUGGGAGGAAAUAUUAUUACAUUUACCGGCGUUCGAUUUUUCGAAUAAAAAAAGGCGUCGGCAUGGACCUGAUUCCGUUUCCUCCUUUUUCAUGCAGCUCUUUUCUAAAAGGUUAUAAGAGUCGUUUUAUAUACUGGGUGUGGGAAUUUUAGCUUGUCAAUAUUCAAUCUUUCCCUUCUUUCUAGGUACCAAUUUGUUCUGUUAUCCUCAUCGCGUGGUUUAUUGAAUACAGGCAUGGGCAACCUGCCCGCAACUCACCAGUUGCCUCGGAUACACGAUUUUUAUUUAUUUUUAUUUAUUUCUGUAUGACUAUCGUGCCACUAUUCGUUGACUAUCAAAGACCCUCGAAAUACGUCGUGAAAUAUAUCAGUUUCUUCGUUCUAAUUU